AUGGCUGAUUGUUGCGGAUUGAUGGAUGAGAUUGAUGAAAAUGGAGUUUUGGGGUUUUCGGGGUUUUGGGUGAAAUUUGGGGAUUUUUCCUUGUUCGUUUUGGGCAAGAUUUUCGAACUUGGUGAGUUGCUGCUGAGUAUCACAUCGGGCACAAUUCUUCGUGCCGGGCGCGUGACCACCAGAGGGCUUCAUUUGGGCAAGCCCACCAGGCGCAAAGAUGAGAGGAGGCUGGCAUAUGCUGUUUACAUGCUGGUUGGAGAGGCUGAGCAUUGGUGGAGGGGUACUCACCAUAUGCUGACUGCUAGAGGAGUUGUUGUUGAUUGGGAGUGCUUCAGGAGGGUGUUCCUGGAGAAGUACUUCCCGGAAAGUGUGAGACACGCAAAGAAGGCUGAGUUCAUGCGGUUGCACCAAGGUGGGCUGAAAUUUGCUGAGGGUUUGAGACAAGAGCUGAAGAGGCUGGUGGUGCCUAUGGCCAUCACUGAGUUUCUGGCCUUGGUGGAGAAGGCUAAGGUGGUUGAGCGGUUGGAAGGUGGCAACCGUGUGACAAAGACUGUUGAGGGACCAGCUGGGUCCAAGAGGGGAGGAAGUCAGAGGAAGCCAUAUGAUAGGCCCCAACCACAACAAGGGAGUCUUGUCAUUAGGCAACCUUCUAAUGCUGCCAGAGGUGGGAGACAGGGUGGAGGUGCCACUCUCAGAUGCUACAAGUGUGUUGGGCCCCAUUUUGUCAGGGAUUGUCCACACACGGAGAGCUGGUGUUUCAAGUGUCAUCAGAUGGGUCAUGAGUCGACCAACUGUCCUACCAGAAACAGACCGGAGAGGGGUGCUCAGUUGGGUGCUCAGAGAGGCGAUGCUCAGAGGGGUGACAGACCUACUACUGCUGGCAGAGUAUUCGCUUUGACUAGGGCUGAGGCUUUGACUUCCUCAAAUCUUGUGAAGGGGAAGGUGUCGACGCACGCUUCUGCUUUGGUAGUUGCUUCUGAGCUGUGUGCUGGCUAUCCAAUUAUUGAGGUUGAUCUUUCCUUAGGUGGAGGAGGAGCUGUUGAUUUCAGCCGGUCAAGCUAA